GUAGUCAGUCAUAGCAACCAAGCUAAACAGCUCAUGUCUCAUGCAGACGAUUCUUCUUUCCCUUGCAAGUGAUCUCAAUCACGGAGAGUCCUGGGCCCUGCUACUAUGUGGACCCAAGCAUUUCCCGUCUAGGGAUAUGGAGACCAGUUUCAUUCCGCAUGGUGCAAGAGAGAAAGCGGCCAUUUAUAUCUUGUACGCCUGCCCCAAAUGAGUACAACGUGGAGAAGAUACACCCACUUGAAGAGCCGAAUGCACCAGCGUACACUAUGGGCCUUCGAACGCACUACUGGGUGAGCAGCCCAAACCCAGCACCCAACCAAUACACCCUUCCACAGACACUGGGUCCCAAGCUGCCUGUCAAACCUGCAGCUCCCUGCCUCUCAAUGGCAUCCAGUGCCUCUGUGUGGGGCUACGCUAAAGACCUGGUGAGAGGGCCUGGCCCGGCAAUGUAUACCAUACCCGAACCAGAUGUUUACCUGUGCCACCAGCCAUCCUACAGCAUCUCCCAAAGGUUUGCUUCCUCCAGCAAGCACCAUACACCAGGACCCCCUGACUACAAUGCGGAGCUGGUCACCGCCGACAAACCCAGAGCCCCACGGUUCAGUCUUGGGAUUCGUCACUCUGAGUAUUCUCAUGGCACGCCUCCAGUUUGUUUACUCAAAGAGUGA